CACAAGUAUAUCAGAUGUGUGACGUGAGUUUGUCUCCACAGUGUUGAGAAGAUCAAAGUGCUGCUGGAUGCCAUCACAGCCAUUUACCAACAGUUCAAGAAGGACAAAGCUGAGAGACGUCUGCCGUACAACGAAGAGCAGAUCCAUAAGUUUGAUAAACAGAAGUUGGUGCUUCAUGCCAGUAAAGCCAGAUCUCUGUUCACUGAGGAGUGUGCUAUGAAGUAUCGUCUGUUCAUCUCAAAGAGUGAGGAGUGGUUCAGGAAGGUUCAUCACAUGAAGAAGCAGCUGAUUGGUCUGUCAGGUCAGCUGAUCAGCAUCGAGAAGGAGGUCACCAUGCUGAUGGAGAGAGCCAUCAAGCUGCAGGAACAUCUGCCUCAGAAGGUUCUUCCUCUGGUGUCCAGUGGGAUGAAGCCUCAGGCUUACCUGAGUCAGAACACUCUGGUGGAGAUGACUCUAGGGAUGAAGAAGCUGAAGGAGGAGAUGGAAGGAGUCGUCAAAGAGCUGGCUGAGAACAACCACUUCUUAGAAAGGUUCGGGACUCUGACGCUGGACGGAGGUCUGAGGGGUUAAAAUAAUCUGAGACUUCUUCUUCUGCAGUUUUGUACAUAUUCUGUGUUUCUGGUGUAAAUAAUCUGAAGAAUGUUGUUGUUCUUCUUCAGACUUUCUGUUAGAAACAACUUUAAACGCAUAUUUUUACCUGAAGAUCAGUGAAAGAACUGUGAAACAGAAACCCUUAAAAGAAACUCUUAAUUAUUAGUUUAACCCUGAAACUACAUCAGACUCCUUCACACCUUAAUGUGACUAAAUCCCUUAAAAACACUGAAGAACGGCAGACUUUAAGGGUUCAUAACUUUCCCCUGAUUUAAAUGUUAACGUGGAAUAUUUAACAUAUAUGUUAAUGAUCUGUCAAUUUGAGAUUUAAGGUGAUUUUAAUGGUUAACCCUUUAAAUGUGUUUUUUAUUCUUUAUAAACCUUUAAACUAUGAAGAUAGUACAAACAAAGAGGUACCUGUAAUAUUAUUUUGUAAAUAUUAAGGUUUUUAAGGGUAGAUUUAUUACAGUCCAUUAAUGUUUUAGUCAGAAUUUAGAUUAAUAAUCUGGUUUAAAUAUCUGAUAACUGAUUAAGAAUCCUUUAAAACGAAUUUGUCAACAAUAAUCCUUUAACCUUAAAAACACCUUAAAAUCAUGAAUACAUUAUUUGUCAAAUAUUUCACUUGAUUGUGUAAAAAAUCUUCAUUUGUUAAAGUCUUAAAGUUAAGAAGAUUUUUAAGGGAUUUACUUUUGUUUUGCACUUUUUCUUUUAAGUAAGGGCAGAUUUAAGGUGUUUGGUGUGUUUAAGGGUUAAUUUAGUCUAUUUUAAGGGACGUUUAAUGGUUUAAGGAACAAAGUAAAGUUAUAGGAACCUUUAAUUUAAACCUUAAAUUAAAGGGCUUAAAAUGUAUCAAUAAUAAUAAUAAAUGAAUUUUCACCUUAAUUGAAAUAUAACAUUCAUGUUCUUUUAUCCAGUUGAACUCUAUACAAAUCCUUUAACGGUGCAUAUAAGAUCCGUUCAACUGUUAGUGGAUCAACUGAAGGCAUCGUAGAGAAUAUUAAAGGUUUAAGAUUACAUUUAUUAUUUAUCAGUCGAGUUCUCGUACAUCAAUAAGCAACAUGAAGAAGACUCUUUUUCUCACCAAGAUGUUCAUGUUUUGUUUUGUCUAUAAUCUGCAUAAAAAUGCUCACAAAUUGUUUAAGAACUUGUAAAUAAAUACAAAUGUUGAAGGA